AUGUCCAACAAUGUGUUGAUUAGAAGCCUAGAGGGCCUGUGCCUGGAUUCGGGUUAUAUGACGGGGGAGAACUGCCCGUCACUCAGCCUGUCCUCCUCGGGCAGGUCGGGGCACUCGCAGCCACAUAUUAACACACCUCACCGGGGUCCCAGCUGGCAGCACGCCGGCUCCCUGUACAGCAGAAACGGCAGCUGGGACACUGUGAGCACGCUGCCGGAGGACGUGACAGAUAUCCUAGCUAAAUGCCCCUUUCUGCCCGAGCUGGAAGAGUAUCCCUGGAUCGAACAGGAGCUGCUGGAAGUUGUGCGUAAAGUUACCGGCUCGCGUGCGUCAUACACGAGGGAAGCGGUCCACCGGCUCUCUGUCCUGCUCCGGAGAGCUUUGGUGCGCAUCUCCCGGGAGGCUCAGCGUCUGAGUGAGCUGCACAGGCGGUGCACACGGCUGGAAGUGCAGAGCGCAGUGAGGCUGGUGUUGAGCUGGGGUCUUGCCGAGAAGUGCAUCUCAUCUGCUGUGAAGGCGGUGUCCCUGUACUGCAUGAACUCCGGCAACACCGCGCGUCAGCGCGGCAAGUCCUCGCGCUGCGGGCUCACGCUCUCCGUGGGCCGUUUCUUUAGGUGGAUGGUGGAAACGCGGGUGUCGGUUCGCGUGGACGAGUACGCUGCAGUGUGCCUGGCAGCCUGUGUCGAAACUUUGGCGGAGGAAGUGGCAGGACGUGGGCUGCAGGCGGCGAGGCGGACAGCGGAACAGGAGGGAGGGCAGAUCGACGGGGUCAUCUGCGGUCCGGUGACCACCGAGCUGCUGGAUGGAGCUGUGAGCAACGAUGCAGAGCUGUGGGGGCUGCUGCAGGUCUACGAGCAUCUCAUAUGUGGCAAAAAUGCCAGUGGUGAGCUGUCACUCCCAGCCCACAUCAGCCCAUACACAGAGAGCAGGGAAGAUGUCUACAUCCAGAUGGAGCUGCGGAUGUUGGAGCAGGCGCUCCUUGCCACCUGCGUUGGCAGCAUUGGAGAGCUCAGUGAUCUGGUGUGUCGAGCAAUGCACCACAUGCAGCGUCUAAGAAGCUCGAGUCCCUCCAUCAGCCACUCUUCCUCAGCCAAUCAGAUGCCAGUAUCCUGGGCUCCAGAUGCCCUCCGCACACUCUACUACUUCCUGUCCAGCCCACAGAUGGAAUCAUUGGAGAAUCCCAACCUUGACCCUCCAACCACGACACUGAGCAGAGAGAGGCCAUUCCUGCUCCUCCCUCCUCUCAUGGAGUGGAUCCGUGUUGCCGUGGUGCACACUGAACAUCGCCAUAGCCUAUUGGUCGAUAGUGAUGAUGUCAGACAGGCGGCCAGACAGCUUUUGCCAGGACUAGACUGUGAGCCCAGGCAGCUGAGGCCAGAGUGCUGUUUCCAGUUGUUUAAAUGUCUGGAUGCAGAAGCUGCUUCAGCUAAAUUCCAGUUGGAUUUAGGAUUCAGGAUGCUCUCGUGUGGCCGAGCAGACCUGCUCCACCACGCCGCCCGGCUUCUAGGAGCUGAAGGUGUCAACACUAUAGACGAUCAGGGAAUGAGCCCUCUAAUGUACGCCUCAGCAGCAGGAGAUGAGGCACUAGUGCAGAUGCUUAUUGAAGCCGGAGCUCACCUGGACAUGCAGGUCCCUGGCAGCUCUGCCAAACAUCCGUCUGUUUACCCAGGCAGUCGGCACUGGGUGGCCUUAACAUUUGCUGUGCUUCACAGUCACCUGUCCGUGGCUCAGCUGCUUUUGGAGGCCGGUGCAGACGUGGAGGGUGGAGCCUUGCUGGACAGUCAGGAGAGCUCAGCUGAGACACCGCUACAGCUGGCUGCUGCAGCAGGUUACUACGACAUGGUUAGCCUGCUGCUCGCUCACGGAGCAGACCCUCUGAUCAAAGUGCAUCAUGGGAAUUCACCGCUGUAUGAAGACAUGAACUGCUUUAGCUAUGCAGCAGCACAUGGGCACAGAAACAUCCUCAGGAGGCUUCUGCAGCAGCCACAGCAAACGAAGGAGGACAUCCUCUCUCUGGAAGAGAUCCUGGCUGAAGGAGUGGAGGAUGAGGAGGAAGAGGAAGUAAAAAUUUCAACACAGCCUCUAGCUCCUGACCCUCCAAGCAUUGUUCCGAGUUUGUGUAAGAACAGGAUGAAAGCCCUGCAGCAGGCAGCCUACUACAGCGCGGAGCACGGCUACCUGGACGUCACCAUGGAGCUCACAGACAUGGGUGUCCCCUGGAGGCUGCACAUCUGGUUAGAGUCUCUGCUCAGAGCCCAACAGCUGUGUAGGGACGAUGUCAUCAUUUCCCUCCUCACAGAGUUCGCCUCUAUCAGGACGGAGGACUACAGCCCCGGGCUUCUCUCCACAGGCAUCCCGCUCAUGUUCAGCAUGUUGGAGACCAGCAAGGACUACGUGGUAACAAAGCGUCUGGCGACUGUCUUUUCUCUCUGCUACGGCUCGUCUCCCGUUCCUCCGGUCCCACCUUUGGACGUCACUCUGUCCACACAGCUGGAUAUUCAUUUUCUGAACAACAAAGAGAUGUCAGAUGUGACAUUCAUGGUGGACGGACGCCCAUUCUUUGCACACCGAGUGCUGCUGAUGUCUGCGUCAGACAGGUUUCGCCAGCUGCUCACAGAUUCCCCCGAUAACAUCGUCCACAUCAAUCACAUGACCUACGGCACCUUCCAGAUGAUAAUGACGUCUCUGUACUGUGGAGGAACUGAGGGGCUGUCUGUGUCUCCCUCUGAAGCCUUGAAGCUGUUGCCAGUGGCCACUUUCUACCAGCUCCGAGGUCUGCAAAGAUGCUGUGAAAUGUCACUGUCGCAAAGCCUUACUCUGGACAGUGCUGUCAGCAUCUACAAGGCUGCUAAGCACCACGGAGCAGCUGAACUCUGCAGGUUUUGUGAAGGAUUCUUCCUGCAGAACAUGGAUCAGCUCCUGGACAGGGAGGACUUCCACAGCCUGCUGCUAGGAGGUCUCAGUCAAGAGCUGCUAUACCCAGGGCUGGGCACCCGGUCUGGAGUGGACCAAGAUCAGGAUCUACCGGUCCUCCUAAGGGACUUGGAGAAUGUACUUAUCCAGAGACUUUAUAUCCUCCACUCUGCAUGUCGAGAGUAGAAAUGGUGGAAACGUGGACUGUGUUCAGCCACACUCGUACGUGUAUCUGAGAAUAGAAGCCAUACUGUAUAUAGUGUAGACACAUUUUAGUGUAGAAGAAUCCCAGUGUCAAUGAUCGUAAUUAACAGGUCUUAACUGGUUGAAGGUUUUCCUGUUACUCUGGAUUUGACUCUGAUGUUGGUCAGAAAAAAGGAUUAAUGUCACGUUUGGCUCUAGUAAGCUGUGAUGAGUAAACGGAUCAUUUCUUCAUUUUAUUUUUCAGAGUUUUCACUUGGAGGAUGUGUGUUUAAUAAAGAGCUGGACAUUAUCUCAGACCACUUGUUCAAAGCAGGUGUGUUAGCAUUACUGCCUGGAAUUUUAGCCCAUAUUCCGGAAGCAUGCCAACACAGAAAUAUCAGUACUCAUUUAAAAUGCAACCUUAGGAAAACAUUUUCUACUCUGACUUGCUGUCAGAUUCAAUCCUGUUUUUGUGGUAAUCUGAAAAACUGUUGCUAGAUUUUAUUAGCUAGCUCAGCGGUCCCCAACC